ACAAACAAAACGUGAAGGCAUGGUAUUGCCACAAAAAUAAAUUUCUGCCCAACUUCCGCUACUUUUCCUAUUCACUAUUUGCUGUCCAUCACACAACUUCAAAAUCUCAACCAUUUCCCUUUUCAAAUAUAAUAAGAUAUAAUUGAAGGUCGGUUAAUCCCCCCAAUCGAAAAGCAUUAAAACCCCAUAUCUUGUUCAUUCCCCUGCUUUCAUUUCAAUUCGCUUCUCCCACUUCCUUCAUGUUUUUUAUUACCAUUAACAACUAUGUUUUCUGUUGUUAUCCCCACUUUUCUACUGGGGCUUUGUUGAAUACGUUCCUCCCUUUACCUUUAAUAAAUGAUCUUUCUAAAACCUUCUUCUUUUUCUUCCAGUUUCAGCUUCCCUCUCCUUCUUCCUCUUUGCCCUUGUAAAACCAACCUCUGUUUCGCAACUAGGAAUAAGAAUUACAAGACCCCGCUCAUCAAUCGCUUAAUCGCACACCGGAAAUAUUGUCUUCUUGCUUGUGCAAUUCGCAGUCCAAAUCCCAACAGGCUUAAUGUAAGGGUAGCUAGAAAUCUUGUAGCCAAUGGCUUUUCAAGUGAGUUUGUGGAUGGGGAAAGGGAAAGGGAAAAUGAAAGUCAAGAAUCUUCAAUCCAAAUGGGUUCAAAUUUCGCUAGUUUCGAACAAGACCCCAUUGUUGGCAAAUUACGGACUCAGCUAGGUGUUAUCCACCCAAUCCCGUCCCCUCCAAUUAACCGUAACAUUGUUGGAUUAUUUGUUUUUUUCUUUUUUGUUGGGGUUGCUUUUGAUAAAAUCUGGACUUCAAGGAGGAGGAGGGGCAAAUUGGGGGCUUUAGAUGGUGACCUUGUUAGAAUGGGAGGAGGGGUUUGGCCCCAAGUCCCGACUAGUUUUUCAUUGUUCUUGGAAAAGGAUUUGCAGAGGAAAGAAUCAGUUGAAUGGGUUAAUAUGGUGUUGGGGAAGUUAUGGAAAGUUUAUAGAGGUGGGAUUGAGAAUUGGAUCAUUGGGUUACUGCAACCUGUUAUUGAUAAUCUUAACAAACCUGAUUAUGUCCAGAGAGUGGAAAUUAAGCAGUUUUCUUUAGGGGAUGAGCCUUUGUCUGUUAGGAAUGUUGAGCGUAGAACUUCGCGGCGAGUCAAUGAUUUGCAGUAUCAAAUAGGGCUUCGUUAUACUGGUGGUGCUCGCAUGUUGUUGAUGUUAACAUUAAAAUUUGGCAUUAUCCCAAUUGUUGUGCCAGUUGGUAUUCGAGAUUUUGACAUUGAUGGAGAACUUUGGGUUAAAUUGCGAUUGAUACCGACAGAACCUUUUGUUGGAGCUGUGUCAUGGGCUUUCGUCUCGCUUCCGAAGAUCAAGUUUGAGUUAUCUCCAUUUCGCUUGUUUAACUUAAUGGCAAUUCCAGUUCUUUCAAUGUUUUUGAGAAAACUGCUCACUGUGGAUUUGCCUCGAUUAUUUGUCCGCCCAAAGAAGAUUGUUCUGGAUUUCCAAAAUGGGAAAGCAGUUGGCCCUGUUGCAAAUGGUUUGAAAUCAGGAGAAAUUCAAGAAGAGAAGAACAAGGAUUUUGUUGGAGAACUAUCCGUGACUCUUGUAGAUGCCAGGAAACUGUUUUAUGUUUUUUAUGGCAAAACUGAUCCAUAUGUUACUCUAAGCCUGGGGGAUCAAGUUAUACGCAGUAAAAGGAACAGUCAAACCACUAUUAUUGGGCCUCCUGGUGAGCCAAUUUGGAAUCAGGAUUUUCAUUUACUUGUGGCAAACCAUAGAAAAGAAAAACUAUGCAUCCAAGUGAAGGACUCCCUUGGGUUCUUGGAUUUGACAAUUGGUACAGGAGAGGUUGAUCUUGGGACUCUCAAGGACACUGUUCCAUCGGAUCAGAUUGUUGUCUUGCAAGGAGCUUGGGGAGUGUUUGGAAAGAGAUCUGCCGGAGAAAUAUUACUUCGGUUAACGUAUAAAGCUUAUGUUGAGGAUGAAGAAGAUGACACAACUGUGGUUGGAUCUGUUGAUACGGAUGCUUCAGAUGAUGAAUUAUCUGAUUCUGAUGAACUAAAUGUGACAAAUGUGCAGGGUGUAAAGCAAUUUACAGAUGAAACAGACAAGGAGUCCUUUAUGGAUGUUCUAGCAGCUUUGAUUGUUAGUGAGGAAUUUCAAGGCAUAGUAUCGUCCGAACCUGGGAGCAAAUCUUUUGAUGACAUAUCAAGAACAGGAUCUCUAAAAACAAGAUUUAGUGGUGUUAAUGGGGAAUCUUUGCCAUCGGAUUCUGAUAAGGGUUCUGAAUCAUCUGGAGGAUCAAUCUUAUUAUGGUUUGCUGUGAUUACAAGUGUAUCAGUGUUAAUUGCACUCAGUAUCAGUGGCUCGAGUUUCUUCAACCCUUGAUAUCACGUGAUGGGCUAGCUAAGAGUUAGUCCUUCUGCUUGAUCAAGUUUAAAGCCAGCCAUCAUUUUGCAAAUCCAAUAAUGGCUUGGAAGGAGACCUGGAGUUCUCAUUCCUGUACUAUACACUUACCAGCAUGCAUAAUCGUGUUUGUUAGCAGAGUGUUCGAUUGGCGGCAGGCAAAAUUUUGGGUUUUAUGAUGUAGAAAGUACAAGCCAUAACAGAUAAGCUAUGUAUACAUGUCAUGAUUUGGGUCAUGAGAUUAGAGAAGAGAGUGAAAAUUUAUGACCCUAUUCAUUUCGUAAGCAAGGAAGGAUAGAGGGCAGUGAAACCUUGAUCUGAGUCGAACUACUUGGGCUUAAGUUAUUUUUUUGCCUCUAAAAUGCAGAACCAGGCAGUGUCAUGAAGGUUGAUAUUGUACCCGGUUCUUUUCAAGCAUGCAUCCGUAUAUAUUGUGCAUUAGUUUCUGACGAUUUUUUUCAGUUGCAUUUACAUGGCAGUAAUUAAAUUUCUUUUGAUGAAAA